GACUAACUUUAUCUUAGAGAUGAGGAGGGGUGGUGACGCUUAACCCGAAGUAGAUGCUAUUUCCUUUUCAGGCUCCUCUGACCCCUAACUUAGGAGGAAAAAAAAGUUUUCUCCCCCUUUCCUUUUCACUCUCCCACUUUCUUUCUCUCUCUCUCUCUCUCUUACACAAUCUCAUUUUAGAGGGUGUCUGCAAACUACAUGCAGACUUUUUGCAUCAAGUGUCAGGCUAGCAAGAAGAAACCUCCUUCUCUCUGGGCUCCCAGCUGGACUCAGAGGAUUCACCGCGCUCAGAUGGAGUGAAAAGCGACUGGACAGCUUGGGAAAGCGUAUGGAUAUGGCACACACGGUGAAAACUCCACUCAGGAGGUCUUUUAGCGAGCACGUGAAGGAUUCCACUAACAAGGCUUGGGAUACAUUUUGGAAGAGUGCACGUGAGAAGCGGCUCUCAGAGAUAGAAGCAAAGGGGGCAUGUGAUUGGCUUCAUGCAGCUGGUUUUCCUCAGUAUGCACAGUUAUUCACCGAUUGCUGUUUCCCUAUUGACAUAGACUGGGUGAAGAGUGAUCAUGAAUUUCUGGAUAAGGAUGCCUUGGAUUCUCUAUGCAGGAGAUUAAGUACCUUAAACAAGUGCGUGGAGAUGAAGCUGGAGUUGAGCCGGUCCAAAAGAAGGGGAGAUGAAGAGGAGGAAGAAGACCUCUAUGCAAUCAGCCCAAAAUGGUCAUUCGACAGGAAGAGCAGGCGAUGGAUACGUAUGGAUGACGGGGAGCCACUGCACUCACUGAACAGCCCCAUUUCAAGUUUUAGGAGAUUGGGAAGCUGUGAGGCCUCUCUUUCCGAUAGCGGUGAAUGCCAUGAGCUUUGUUCCACUCAUAGCUCUAGUAAUGCUGACAGCGAUGGGGGAAGCGCUCCGAACACAAUGGCAGAGGAACCGGAAAAAAGUCGUAGCUCCUCCAGAUGCUCCUCGAACUACAAACCCCAAUCUCCCGAGACUUCUUCCAGCAGACCUCCGUCCCCUAGUGAACAUCACACUUUGAGCAGUGAAGAGUGCCUUGCUGAAAAGCCUCCAGUAAAAAAAGGAAAAAGCCUUCUCCGGAAGAUGGAGAAACUCAGAUUAACAGGAAGCACGCUACACCCACACACCAGAAGCAUAAAAGCAAGACUUGUCAUAAGUGGACCAAUUAUCCAGGAAGGUCUUGGUGAGGAAAGGCUAAAGCAUCUCCAAUGUCUAGAUCUAGCAAGGCUCCAAGGCAAGACUGAAAGUCCUGCAUCCAGCACACCGCCCUCUGGAUCCAGUAGCAGUCCCUCGGAAAGCAGCAGUGCGGUCAGCACGCCAAGCCCAGUGACCAAGGUGCGCAGCAACUGCAAACGCCCUGGGCUGACCAAACAAGAAGACAGCCAGAAGCAAAUCAACGAGCAGCAUUUCAACAACCAGCGCAACCUUGACGAAAACCCCAUCUUUGAAAUUCCCCAUGGACACAAGCCAGGCACAUUCCCAACUGUGCUCUCCCACAACAAUGCCUUCUCACCUAUCGACAACACCUCGGUCAACUGGAGGACUGGAAGCUUCCAUGGUUACCGAGGUAGACAGUGUAGAAGCAGUAGCUCCAAGGACCAGGAACAAGCAUGCAGCCCACUGGCUACUUGUGAUCACCGCGUCAGCAUUUAUGACAACGUCCCAGAUCACAUGCAGAUUUUGGAUGAUGACGUCUUCUCUGCUUUGGACAGUGUAAUGGAACGCAUUUGUGGCCUGCAGCAGUUGGUAACCUCUUGGACAGAUAAGUUGUCAGAGGACGGGGAUUCAGAUUUUUCCCACUCGGGUUCUCCCUCACCCUCCUCUCUGACUGACAUCCACCUUGAGAUCAAAGAGCCAGAAGAGACGGAUGAAGCUUCCCUAGAGGAGGCAUACAACAAGAACCCAGAAGCAUUUGCACACACUGCUCAGCCUACAGAGCAUAGUGAUCGAAUUCAGAGGCCCCACUGGUCCAGUGCACAGAUGCUUUCACUGAGUAACCCCAGCACAGGCAUACAGGCAAAAUCAGCACCACAUGUCUCAAUGCUGCAAAGACUGAGCCUUCUCAGGCUCACGGCUCUGAUGGACAAGCACUCACCCUUCAGCAAACAAGGCUGGAACUGGACUGUGCCAAAAGUCUACCGAAAGGUUAAACCUUCAGAACAUAAGAGCAGAAAGGUGUUUGAGGUGCCUUUGCUCCAGAGUGUCCAGCAAUCGGGAAAACCUUUGCCACCAAGCAUUUUGACAGCAAUGGAGUUCUUAAGGACAGAGUGCUUGGAUCAGGUUGGGCUCUUCCGAAAGUCUGGGGUCAAAUCCCGCAUUCAAAAUUUAAGGGACAUGGUGGAGGCUGACCCCGAUGGCGUGUCCUUUGAAAAUCAGUCGGCUUUUGAUGUCGCUGACAUGGUGAAGCAGUAUUUCAGAGACCUACCUGAACCCAUCUUCUCCAGCAAACUGUGCGAAAGCUUCCUGCACAUCUACCAAUACUUCCCCAAAGAUCAACAGUUUGCGGGGGUUCAAGCAGCCAUUUACCUCCUGCCUGAUGAGAACAGGGAGGCUCUUCAGAGCCUCCUCCUUUUCCUCCAAGAGGUGGUCGCCUGCGUGGAGGAGAACCAGAUGACUCCAACCAACAUCGCUGUGUGCUUGGCGCCCUCUUUGUUCCACCUCAACUCUUUCAAAAGAGACAGAACCAGCAUGAGGUCUAGACAAAGGAAAUACAGCUUGGGGAGGCCAGACCAGAGAGAUCUAAGCGAGAACCUGGCUGCAACACAGGGACUGUCGCAUAUGGUUUCUGAAUGCUCUCGCCUUUUCCAGAUACCGAAAUACUGGGAAGACCAGGGAGCAGGCAGCUUUACCGAAGAUUCACAGCAAAAUGAUGCAGGUCUAAGUUCUGUGUCUCACUGUGGAGAAAAUGAACUUCCAGACCGUGCCAGGCUGUUUCUACUCACACAAAAACUCUUGAAGGAGGUCAGAGACAAGUCUAAAGGGUGGAUAUCCUGUUCAAGCUGUGAUCAUGUGGAUGUGGCGGUUAAAAAGGUGGAGGAUGGUUACCCUUUGCGACUGUGGAGAGGAACGACAGAAUUGGAUGCUCCGCAGCAGGAAGUCUUCCACCACGUGUUACGAGAACAGAGUCAGUGGCAAAGAGACCUCUUGCAUAGCGAGGUGGUGGAGACACUGGACAAGGAUGCAGAUGUGUACCAUUACAUACUUCAGGCUGCAGGGGCCCGACCACCACUGCAGCAUGUUCUGUUAAGGACGUGGCAAACGGAUCAUCCCACAGGGUCUAUGUUUGUGUCCUCCACCUCGGUCGAACAUGCCGCUGUGGCUGUCAGAGGAGUACGGGCGCAAGUUUUCUGCAGCUUCUUUUUAAUCGAGCCGCUGGGGUCAAAAAAGUCAAGAGUCACGCACCUCUGCCGGACCGACACGAGAGGUCGAUCUCCAGAAUGGCACCAUAAAGUAGGAGGACACCUGGUUUCAUCUGUGUUGAUGGCCAUGAGAGACUCUUUUAGACACAAAACAAAAGACUCAAAGCAUAGUAAGGACUCCUAAGAGUAAUUUGUUAAACCCCAGACAGCUUUACAAUCCCCGAGCUAUGAGUGAGCUAAAAAAAAACAAAGAAAUAAAGUGCGUGUGAGCGAGCGAAUGAGCUCCAAAGCUCUGAGAUAAUGAAGUGAAAUCUUCAAAGUUGUUCCAGAAUCUCGGUACCGUAGAGAGUUACGGAACCAUUUCAAUGCAAAGACAAUUCAGCCUGCAGACAAGGAACAACAACAGUGUGAUGAGGUGUUCCAAGAGAGCCGGUGAACUUUGCAUUAUCAAGACUGACAAGAGAGAGUGUCAGAGUAAUGAAAUGUCUCAUCCUAUUUAAAGGACCGUUCCACGGGAUAAUGCGUUGCAGUGGUUGACUCUCAAACUCUCAACUCCAGCUGUUUUUAAGCAUUAAAGGAUGGACUGGGUGACUUGAUCUGGAACUAUAUCACUCUGAAGACUCGACUGCAGUGUCAUUCUUGUGUACACCUUCAUCAUAAACAUGAGAAAUACAAGGGCAGAUUAGCCAUGUUGUGUACAGAAGCCGAGACACUGAUUUAAGCAGGCGUGUUUUU